AGCAUCAUGUUCUGGGCUACAUACAAGCAGCACCUCUGUCAGCAGGGCAGGUGAUUUGCGCGUUCACACUUCCAGCGUUUUCAUGGCUUGUUCUGCGCUUCUGUGGCGGGUUUGUCAGCCGUGAUCAUGGUUUAUUGUGGAGCGUUCAGGAAUAUAACGCGUGGACUUUGUUGUUGAUCGACAAGCGUAGGAGAGUAGUAUCUGUGUUGUCUAACUUCUCACAGUGGAAGUUGGAAAGCCGAAGUGACUUUGCGUACUUGGCUCAUCCAAAGCCACCGAUCGGAUUACUUGGGAGCUGUGUGAUUACUGCGCGGUGGUAUGGCAGAGGAAAUCCUCAACGAUUCCUUCCCAGAUCUGAAAGAACUGGAAAAUAAGGUUGGCAGGAAAACUCCGGAAAGUCUUCUGAUUUGGAUGAGGGAUGCUGCAGACUGUGAAGAUGGUUGGAGGUCUGAUGCGGUCGACAGGGGAGACCGCGGCUCUGCCUCCAGCGAAAGCUUUUCUGACAAAAUUAGCAACUUAAAACAAGAGAUGAGGUGGCUGCGUUCUGCAGAUGUGAGGAUUCUGCGACAGCUGGUGGCCGUGCACGAGGGUAUAGAGGCCAUGCGUUGGCUGAUGGAGGAGCAGGGUGCCUUAGCCAGCCGUGGCAGCAGCUUGACAGGCAGCCUGAGCAGCCUGGUGACUGUGGAGGAGCAUGGGCCCUCAAUGUCCCCCUGCAGAGGAAGCCUGAGUCCAACUCAGGAUUUGACUGAAACCACUAGUGAGGAUUCAGAAGAUCACCCACCACACACUCACCAUGGUGAGAUGCUGAGCCCCAGACCUUCUGAAGCAAGACCUCCUAACCCUUCCACCUCCAAGUUUGAGGUUGGUUGUUCCACACAUGGCAGUCAUGGUCAGGCAUCAUCUAGUCCUGCCAACGGUUUGGCAAGUACCAAAACACCAAAGUUACAACCACAAAAAAUGAAUGCAGCUCCAUUACAAGACAUCAAAGCUGGUGCUGCCACCAUCAGAAGAGCUCUGCUCAGAUCAAACAGAACAAGAAGAGAAGUGGAUACUGGUAGUUUUCCCCUCAAUAAACAGUCAGGGGAGAUAGAGACAGAGCACAAAACUCAGGAGAGUUUCCGAGCCUCUCAGAACAAUACAAUGGAAGAGGAAGAGAGGGAGCCCAAUAGAGAGACGAGUUUGCUGGGUUAUGAUGCUCAGUGGUGCUGGGUGGAGUCACAGGAUGAUGUGACAUUUUUAUGAUCUUCUACAAGCACAAUUUAAAUGUAUGAUCUUUGAUUUGAAGCUACUUUUCCCAACAGUUAACUGCCAGUAAGCCAGGGGUUUAAAAUGCACUUUGACACUGAUGAAUGAAUGAUGAAUGAUGCUUGAGAAUGAUUGUGUCACAGCCUCUGUGUCACUACUCACUCUGUCUGUGUUUUUGGGAAGGAUGUUUGCUUUUUUCAUUAGACUUAAAACACUUUUAGUAAAAAAAAAAAAAAAUCACAAACAUGAAGGAGCUUUUUUUCAAGGUGUUGUGUCAUUCUCUAAUUAGUUUUUUUCACACCGGGGACUUGAAUUUUAGAUAUUGUUGAUCAUCAACUUCAGGUUUUAACUAAGUCUGAUGUCAAUGUCUUAUCUUAUUUAUGAGACAAGAAUAGUAGUAAUUUUUGUGCUUAUUUCUCAUUCAUUGUCCAGUCUCUUUGAGUUUUUUCAUAAUUGUGGAUAAAACGCAACAAUAAACCUGUGAGGAUUUUAAAGAUGAUGCCAUUGCUCCGCUUAAAUUGUUGCGGAAUGAGUCUGAUGCAUCUGUUGGUAAUAAACCAGACAAAAAGUUGCCUAUUUA